ACGGAGGGCGCCAGCGCCGCCCCACGCCCCCAAUCCACCCGCUAUAAAGACGACCACGGACUUCAACUCCUCACCCAACUUGGCUUGCCUUGUGCCAUUCCCUCCCAGAUCUGCGCGCCUGCCCGAUUCGAUCCCCUUCGUCUGUCCGAUGAUCUCCGCGCCUCCGCGUGUGCCGGCCGCCGCCGCCGGGACGCCGCCGUUCCGGUUCCGGUCCGCCCCCGCGCCCAUCAGGAUCCGGUGCGCCGCCGCGGCCGCGGCCGCCGCGCCGGCGGCGCCCACGCUGUACGAGGUGCUGGGCCUGCGCGCCGGCGCCACGGUGCGGGAGAUCAAGGCGGCGUACCGGCGCCUGGCGCGGGAGCGGCACCCGGACGUGGCGGGCGCCGCGCCGGGCGCCGCCGCGGAGUUCGUCCGCCUCCACGACGCCUACGCCACGCUCUCCGACCCGGACAGCCGCGCGCGCUACGACCACGACCGCGGCGGCGUCGCCCGGCGCCCGCGCUGGGGCGGCGUCUCGGGCUACGGCCGGCCGCGCCGCACCUGGGAGACGGACCAGUGCUGGUAGCGGCAGUGUUCGGAUUGCUAGUUUGUUGUGAAUAGUAGGUGUCAGCAGUGUAGAAACACCUCCUCCUCCUGCCGCCAUGCGGCCGUGGCGGCUCACCUUGGUUGGAUUUUUAGUACCGGUGGCCACCCAUGUGACUCCUCCAUCUCGUUUCCGUCCUUGUUCUUGCACUUUGUGAGAUGCAUGUAAUCUUGAGAAGCGAUUGCGAGCAAAUUGAUCUACUAUGUAAGAUGACUGCAGGUUUGAAGUAGCCCUGCCUGCCUUUGUCGUUCAA